UAAUGGCAGCUCUAAGUGCACGCAGCUGUCGCUUUGAAGUACCUUUUGAUUAAUUAAUUAAGCUACUCAUACGCGUACUCGCACUCGCACUCGCAUGAAAUGUUCAAUUAAUCUGCGCUUUGGGGGCGACCUCUUGGCACAGAGAGUCAAGGAGGAGUCCAUCCACAUCCCGCUAUAAAUGCCAGAGGCACACGCCAAACGGUAAUUAGUUCUCCACUCAAGGGACCAUCAUGCGCAUCUCAAUCUGCAUCUCCAUCUGCGCUUUGCAGCUCGCAUUCAUCCUCUGUUUGAGCCACGCAGCCACCAUCCUGCACGGCAAUGGACACACAGCCAGCGCCAUCUCCCACCAGAGCUUCACGCGACUCUCCCCAGCAAAGCCAUCGCUAAUCCUCCAGCAACUGCAGCCACAGCAGCCACAACAGCUGGUGGAACAGCCAACAGUGCGCAUUGUCAGCUACCACAGGGAGGAGCAGCCGCAGCUCGUGGCCGGACUGAGCCAGACCCCUGCACAUCUCACGUACUCCGCACGGCCAGUGGUCCACCAGAUGCUGCCGCGGAUUAAGCCCGUGCGGAACAUAAGCUACGAGUCUCUCGUCCCCGGACCACGCAGCCUCACGGCUCAUACGGGAACGUACGAGGAGGAGGAGGAGCCCCACCAGAACCUACGACUGCUCUCGUCGCCAGUGUAGAGACCGACGCUUCCCCUGUCAACACUCCCUUCACAUUACAUUUUUACACUCAUUAA